AUGGCCAACUCCGGCGGAUACAAACCGGCCGACCAUGUCGGGAAUACCGACUUUACGCGCGCGACGGUCGUGAUCAUCGGGGCGGGCAUAUCGGGUCUGUGCAUGGCGAUUGACCUCCUCCGUCGGACGCCCUGUCGCAAAUUCGUCAUCCUCGAGCAGGGCAGCCAAGUAGGCGGGACAUGGAACGAUAACAAGUAUCCCGGGUGUGCAUGCGACAUAUGGAGCGCCCUGUACUCCCUCUCAUUCGAGCAAAAAGCCGACUGGUCGCGCGAAUAUCCCGGCCAGGAGGAACUCCUCGACUAUCUCAUCCACGUGGCGCAGAAGUACCGUCUGUACCGGUACAUCCGGUUCAACUCGGCCGUGGACGCCGCGCGCUGGGAUGAGGACUCUCACACAUGGCGCGUGCAGGUCUCCGUCGGCGGCGCCAAAGACGGCCAGUUCGUGUCAUCCUACGAGCUCACGUCUGACUUCCUCGUGUCCGCCGUCGGGCAGCUCAACCUGCCGCAGUGGCCCUCCCUCCCGGGCCUGGACGACUUCACCGGGAAAGUAAUGCACUCGGCGCGCUGGGACUGGACCUACGACUGGGCCGACAAACGCGUCGCCAUCAUCGGCAACGGGGCGUCGGCGCUGCAGAUCGCGCCCGAGAUCGCCCCCGCCGCCGCCCACCUGACCGUCUACCAGCGCACGCCCAACUGGGUGAUCCCGCGGAUGGACCGGCGCGUGACGGGCGCGGAGCAGACGCUGCUGGGCGCGCUGCCGCCCGCGCGCUGGCUCAAACGCGCGGUCAUGAUGCAGAUGCGCGAGGUGUCGCACGGACUCGUGACGGAUCCAAAGUCGUCGUCCGUGACCUACCUGCGGGACUGGGCGCUGGGGAGUAUGAAGCAGGCGCUGCCUGGGCGGCCGGAUCUGUGGGCGGCGCUGACACCGGACUAUCAGCUGGGGUGUAAGCGGAUUCUCGUGUCGGAUAACUACUAUCAGACGCUGGGGCGGGAGAAUGUGACGCUGGAGACGCGCGAGGUGGCGCGCGUGACGGAGAGUGGCAUUGAGACGGUGGACGGGGCGGUGCGGGAUGUUGAUUUAAUCGUCUGUGCGACAGGCUUCCGCACUGUUGAGUUCUUGCACCCGGUGCAGGUGACUGGACGGGAAGGUCGUCCGCUGGACUCGGUCUGGGCAGGGGGAGCCUCGGCAUACUACGGGGUGACGGUGGAGGAGAUGCCGAACUUCGGCAUGUUGUACGGGCCGAACACUAACCUAGGCCACAACUCCAUCAUCCUCAUGAUCGAGGCCCAGUCGCGGUAUCUCAGCGCACUGAUCGACCGGGUGGUGCGCGCAAGGGAUCAGGGCCAGUCCCUGGUCCUGCAGCCCCGGACGGAGGUUGUGCGGUCGCUCAACCACCAGAUCCAGACGCAGCUGCAAGAGACCAGUUUCGCCGAUCCGACGUGCCGGUCGUGGUACAAGACAGCCGACGGGCGGAUCACGAACAACUGGCCCGGGACGGCGGUGCAGUAUCAGAAGGAGUUGGCGACGGUGCGAUGGGCGGACUACGCGGUGUCAGGGACGGCGGCGGACACAGUGGCCGGAAGACGACCGACGCGGAUUGGACGGGUGGUGGAGGAGUGGCCGGUGUCGUGGUGGACGAUGGCGUUGGGGGCGGGCGCUGUGGGAUGGUGGUCGUAUACACGGUAUUUCUCCCGGGCAUGA